AUGGACGAGAAGCAACGUCUCAGCCAGGGGCUUCCUCUUCUUCAGACCCAACCGCGAAGCCCUCCUCCCGUGUCGCCUUUCGGCCGCUUUCGCAGGUUUCUCAUCGCUGUCCUGGCUGUUUUGCUGCUUUCCAGAGGCCUUUUCGAUAUUUCGACACAAUACAUCGCCCGCCAGGUACCAACCUCCCGUUUGGUGCCUUUGGAGGCUCACAUCAUUAGUAAAUGUCCGGACACGAGAGAUGCUUUGAGGUUGCUGAUCCUCCCCGUCAUGCAACGGGUUCACGACAAGGUUGACUUUCAGCUCAGCUACAUUGGCACUCCCGCUGCCGACCAGGGCGUCGACUGCAUGCAUGGGCCGUCGGAAUGCAUGGGCAACAUCAUCGAACUCUGCGCCCGCAAGAUGUAUCCGGAUCCAAAGAUCAACCUCGGCUUCAUCAUGUGCUUGACGAAAGACUACGAGCACAUUCCCGAGAGGGCUUUGAUCGAGGAUUGUGCCUUGGAACAUGCCAUCGACAUCAGAGCCAUCAACGAAUGCGCGACAAGGGACGAUGGCGCCUACGGCAUGGAUCUGUUGCGAACCAGCAUAGAACGAUCCGCGCAGGUGAGUUGGUCUCGGUUUCCCCCGCUGCCCCAUGGAGUUCUGCGCGCGCAAAAGGGGUAA